AUAUCAUACAAGAAUAUAUAGCAUGCUGCAUUAUUCUAACAAAGUGGAUCUUUCAAAAAAUGAAAGUAUUUCCAGAGACUGUUUCAAUGAUCUACAUAUUACAAUUUCCUUUACCAACUGCAGGAAUGAGGCACCACUUUCUCAUCUUUGAGAGUUGAGUUUCUUGCGCUGCUAACAAACAUGUCCGACAAUAGCUCCAACUGGUCGCAGUCGAGGGAAGAGAGGAGUCCACUAAGCAGCCUUGCUGAGUCCUUGUUGGGGAGUAUUGCAGAAAUCAUGAAGUCAGUGAUAUAUAUACAAGUAGAGAAGGAGAUUUUCACUGAAAUCGGCUGCUACUUUUAUCGGGUGUCUGCCAUAGUCAUGGAGCUUCACAUAAACUGGAGUACUCCAACAAAUACAACUGAGAUCAUACAGUCUCUCUGCAAAAAAGUGGAGUUGGCCAAGAGCCUUACUGCAAACUUGGGGGAAAAUGUACAGAUUAUAAGACAUGCUGAAUUAACAAGUGUGGUGAAGCAGCUUGAAGAUGUUGUGAGAGGUAUAGGGGAAAACCUUAGCCUAAUACCUUUGUCAACAUAUGGGAACCAUGAAUAUGCGGAAUGGGCAGCUAGGGCACUUUCAAAGGAGAUGAAGGAUGUGUCGUUUGUUGUCAGCCCGUCUCGUGGCUCAGAGUCGAAAGACCAGCAGCUUCAUAGGCUUCCUCCCAGGGAAGAAAUGAAACAAGUGGAAACAGAUCUGUAUUCCAUCGAUGCGGAUGCUUCUGCUAUGAAUCUUCAGUUAUCGGAUACAUCACAGUCGUAUAUGAGUGCCAACCUAGACCAGGAAAGACCGAUCAUUCUGGACAGACAUGAUCCCAAAAGUUUGAGUGGUGGCUCCUCACUGAAGGCAUUCCCACAGCUGGCUCAGUACAUGGAGCCAUUAUACGACACUUUUUUCUGUCCUCUGACGAAGAAGAUCAUGGAAGAUCCUGUAACAAUUGAAAGUGGAGUGACAUAUGAGAGAGAGGCGAUAACUGAGUGGUUCAACAAAUUUGGUGAUGGAGCGGAAAUUGUCUGCCCAAAAUCAGGAGAAACUCUAAAGAGCAGAAAUAUCAAAAGCAAUGUUGCAUUCAAAGCAACGAUUGAUGAGUGGAAAGAGAGAAAUGAAGCUGCGAGAAUUAAGGUUGCCCGAGCAGCACUCUCUCUGGCCAGUACUGAAAACAUGGUGCUUGAAGCAAUCGAUGAUCUACAAAGCAUCUGCAAGAGUAGGCCAUACAACAAGGUGCAGGUUCGCAGCAUCGGAAUGAUUCCACUGCUUGCCAAGUUUCUUGAAUACAGAAGCAGAGGCGUAAGAAAUGCAACGCUGGAGCUACUGAGACAGUUAGCCGAGGAUGAUGCAGAUGGGAAGGAUGAAAUCGUGAAGACAGUUGAUAUUUCAACAAUUAUAAAGAUGCUGUCAAGUAAUCACACACCUGUGAGACAUGCAUCUGCGUCGCUCCUGCUUGAGCUGUCGAAAAGCCAAUCUUCGUGUUAUAAGAUUGGGACUGUAGCUGGAGGUAUUCUGAUGCUGAUCACUGUCAAAUACAGACAAUCCUCAGAUGCAUUUGCUUCAGAAACAGCCGAUCAGAUCUUGAAGAACUUGGAGAUUCUUCCUGGUAAUAUCAAGAUCAUGGCAGAAAAUGGAUAUUGGGAGCCAUUGCUAGCUCAUCUAUUCGAAGGGAGCGAGGAGAUGAAAAUGGAGAUGGCGAGUUAUCUUGGGGAGAUCGUUAUUGGACCUGAUAGGAUGGCGUUCGUAGCAGAGACAGCUUCUCCAGCUCUGAUCCAAAUGGUGCAAAGUGGAAAUUCUCUGACCAGAAAUGCAGCAUUCAAGGCCUUGAAGCAGAUAUCUUGUUACCAUCCGAAUGCAGGGAUACUCGUUGAAGCUGGCAUAAUGCAGACAAUGGUUGACGAGAUGUUCACAAGAAUGACCCACAGCGAACCAAUGAAUUCAAAAUCUGAGGCAGCUAUAAUACUUGCUAACAUACUGGAGUCUGGUCUGGAGCUCGAGAAUUUCCCAGUCAGCACGCAAGGCCACACAAUGUCAUCAGACUACAUAGUAUACAACGUUAUCUAUAGAAUCAAGAGCAUAAGCCCUGAUGACCUGAACAUCAACUUCAUCCGAAUCCUGCUGUGCUUGAUCAAGUUCCCAAAGGCAUCAGCUACCAUUGUUUCAAUUGUCAAGGAGACAGAAGCCAGUUACAAUUUGAUCGAACUGAUCAAUACUACAAAUGAAGAACUUGGUGUAGCAUCAAUCAAGCUACUCAUCGCGCUCUCAGCUUUCAUGGGACACACAUUGUCAGACAGACUCUGCAGAACUCAAGGACAACCGGAGAAGUUAAUCAAGAAUCCAUCCGAAAUUAGUAGGAUCACAGAAUUACAUGCUGUUUCAGCUAAUCUUUUGGCGAAGCUUCCUCAUCAGAACCUGACUCUCAACCUCGCCUUGGUUAACAGCAGCACUGUUCCUACAGUCAUAAAAAGCCUCAAUCAGAUACAGAGGAGCGGGACAAGGUCAAGCAGACAUGCAAGUUCUUAUUUUGAAGGGUUGGUGGGCGUUCUUGUCAGAUUGACAACGACAUUGUAUGACCAUCAAAUCUUGCUUACAGCAAGAACCUACAACUUGGUCGAAGUUCUGACAGAGCUCUUAACCCGAGCAUUCACAGAUGAGGUACAGAAGCUAUCUGCAAUAGGGCUGGAGAAUCUGUCAAGACAAUCCAUCACUCUAUCAAGACCACCAGAGAGGAAGAAAACCAAGAUUCUAAAACUCUUCAUUUUCCAAAAAUGCGUAUCAAUCAAUCUGUCCAAAGUGAAAGGGAAAGGAGAAGAGUUCUCACUUUGCCCCAUCCAUGGAGGGGUUUGCUCUUCUCAGGAAACAUUCUGCCUCCUUGAUGCAGAGGCUGUGGAGAGACUGCUGGCUUGUUUGGACCACGAGAACGUGGAGGUGAUCGAGGCAGCACUAUCUGCACUGUCCUCAUUGCUAGAUGACAAAGUUAAUGUGGACAACAGUGUAAGCUUGUUGUCUGAAAGACAUGCUCUCUCGUAUGUGCUGAACGUUGUGAAGGAGCACAAAGAAGAAUCUGUAUUGCAGAAAGCAUUUUGGGUGAUAGAGAGAUUCUUGGUAAAAGGUGGAGAUGUGUCUGUUUCAAAUGUAUCACAGGACAGACUGUUUCCUGCUACAUUGGUGAGUUCAUUGCAUCACGGAGAUGAAUACACCAGGCAGAUGGCAGAGAAGAUUUUGAGGCAUUUGAACAAAAUGCCUAAUGUAUCAAAUACCAUGAGCUUUAACAUGUAAAACCUAUCCAUUUUUCAAGAAAUAUGUCUGUAUACAGUUUUCAGCAAAACCACUGAAUUUCCUUUAACAAGGUUCUGAACUUCCUAGUUCUUACUGUAAUUAGUCCGAACUCGCCUCCUCAUUAACACUUUA